UUGGACGCCCCCCAAGUCGAAUGUCACAAUUUUUGAAAAGUUUCUUAACCUCUAAACUUAUAACAUAACUUAUAUCAUAAAGAUGUUAAAAAAUAUAAUAAAUAAACAAAUUUUAAGAUCUGCUACUCCAAUACGAAUGGCAACAGCUACUUUAAAGUAUUUUCCACCUCCACCAAAUUAUGACCAUAUUGUUUUGCCCGAACGGCCCAAACUAAAAUUUAUGGACAAAGUUCCUCAGUAUCCCCCAAAUAUACGGCCGCCAAAAAUGCAAAAGCGAUUACGAUAUAUGAGAGGUCCCGAAGAAAUUCAUAACACACUACAGCAUAAGCAAUACGGAAUAAUUGCAUUGUGUGGAGGUCGUUUAAAAUGGGGACACUUUGAAAUGGUACGAUUAACAUUAGGUCGACAUAUCGAUACAAAUCGAAUGUUUUUAACUUGGAGAGUUGAUGCACCUUGGCAGCCAAUUACCAAACAAGGGCAAGGACAACGAAUGGGCGGUGGUAAAGGUGCAAUUGAUCAUUAUGUAACACCUGUUAAAGCUGGACGAGUUAUUGUUGAAUUAGGUGGUAAAUGUGAAUUUGCUGAAGUUAAAGGGUUCCUAAAAGAAGUAGCUGAUAAAUUACCGUUUAAAGCCGAAGCUGUUUCUCAGGAAUUAAUGGAAACCAGAAAAGCACACGAAGAACAAUUAGAAAAAGAAAAUCUUAAUAGGUAUACAAUGAAGUAUGUUAUUCGAAAUAAUAUGGGUGGUUGCCACAAUUGGUUAUCACCUGUUGAUCAUAAAUGGUUCGGAAAAUAUACAUAAUAUUUAUGUAGAUAAAACUAUUAUUUUUGAA